AUGAGGCAGCAAGGAGGACUAAUGGGGGCUUCAAGAUGCCAAGACUGUGGGAACCAAGCUAAGAAAGAGUGUGUGUACAUGAGGUGCAGGACUUGCUGUAAGAACAAAGGUUUUCAGUGUGAAACUCACGUCAAGAGCACUUGGAUCCCUUUGUAUAGGAGGCGCCAGAGGCAGCAACAUCAACAGCAACAGCUUGCAGCUGUUCUUCCACAGGAACUUCAGGGACAUAGCCCUAAGAGGCACAGACAAAUCCACUCUUCAGGUUCAGAAGAGGCAAAAUUUCCAGCUGAAGUGCAGUCAAUGGCAACAUUUCGUUGCAUUCGUGUGAGCUCAAUGGAUGAUGAAGAUGAUGAAUAUGCAUUUCAAACUGCUGUGACCAUUGGAGGCCAUGUAUUUAGGGGUGUUCUCUAUGAUCAAGGCCUUGAAAGUCGUCACACUAGUACUGUAGGUGAAAGCUCCUCCAGCCGUGCACAUCAGCAACCUAACAAUCUUCUCAAUGCUGCUACACUUGCAACUAUCACUCCCAAUUCAGCUUCCACAGAACAAUUUCUUCCUCCUUCAUAUCCUUUUUCACUUAAUGCUUUCAUGCCUGGUAUGCAAUUUCUUCCACGCCCGAGAACUUAA